AUGACUCUCUGGCGCUCUUUGCGCGCUCUCCAGGUCUACGGCGCCAAUACAGACGUGGGCAAGACCAUUGUUUCGACAAUUCUAUGCCGGUCUAUCCAGCGCCAGAAUCAGCGAGCUGCUUUCCUCAAGCCGGUGUCAACGGGUGAUCUGAGUGAGGCCGACGAUGGCCAUUUGCGGCGGUUCGGAGCGGGCACCAUCACCCGCUGUUUGUACCAGUUCGACAAGCCUGUGAGUCCUCAUCUGGCUGUGAAUGAAGAUAUUAACGACGACACCCUCCUCCGCCGCAUCUCCUCCACCCUCUCCGACUGGCACCGCACCGGAAUCAACCUCUCCCUCGUCGAAACAGCCGGUGGCGUCCAUUCUCCCGGCCCCAAUGGCAAUUCCCAAGCCGAUCUCUACCGUCCGCUACGACUUCCUGUCGUGCUGGUUGCCGACAGUCGACUGGGAGGUAUCUCGUCUUCCAUCUCCGCCUACGAGUCGCUCGUGCUGCGUGGCUACGACGUACAAUCGGUACUGCUCUUCCGUGACGAUUACUACCAGAACCACCAAUACCUACGUGAUUACUUCCAGCGCAAAAAUAUACCCCUUCGACCGUUGCCCGGGCCGCCGCGUAAGGAGGAGAGCGCCGCCCGGGAUGAGGAGAAUAUGGACAAGUACUACGAGGGUGUCGCGCGGGGGGAUGAUAUCACCAGCCUGCUGGAGGAGAUGGGCGAGAAACACAAGGAGCGAUUGGAGCGGCUGGAUGGCAUGGCAGACCGGGCGCAUGAGCUAGUCUGGUACCCGUUCACGCAGCACCAGGGAAUGGCCGCCAAAGACAUCGGAGUGAUUGAUUCAGCUUACGACGACAAUUUCCAGGUGUAUUCCAAAUCCGACGCUCAAAAUGGGCAGCUGCAUCCGACCUUCGACGGCUCAGCUUCGUGGUGGACGCAAGGCCUGGGACAUGGGAACCCCGAUCUGUCGCUAUCUGCAGCCUACGCCGCCGGUCGCUACGGACAUGUCAUGUUCGCAGGAAACGUGCACGAGCCUGCAUUGCAGCUAGCGGAACGACUCCUGCAGACGCUAGGUAAUCCGCGUCUGCAGAAGGUGUUUUAUACCGACAAUGGCAGCACGGGCAUGGAGGUGGCUGUCAAGAUGGGACUGCGGGCGGCGAGUGUGCGAUACGGCUGGAAUGCGCGACAGGACUCGAUUCAGAUCCUUGGACUGAAGGGCAGCUAUCAUGGGGAUACAAUGGGAGUGAUGGACUGUUCGGAGCCGUCGACGUAUAACCAGAAGGUGGAGUGGUAUCGCGGUCGGGGAUACUGGUUUGACUUCCCGCUGGUUACAAUGACGAACGGGGUUUGGAAGGUGCAGAUGGGUGGUUUGGGAGAUGUUUUGGGGUCUGAUUUGGAGUUCCCUUCGUUGCAGGCUGUUUUUGACGUGGAUGCACGAGUGCGAUCGGAGGCUGCUCAGCGGUACCGCGAGUUCAUCCACCAGAGCAUCCAGGAACAAGUGCAGAAGGGGGUGAAAUUCGGGGCAUUGAUUCUCGAGCCAGUGCUCUUAGGAGCCGGUGGAAUGCUAUUCUGCGACCCCCUCUUCCAACGAUGUCUGGUCGAUGUCGUCCGCUCUCAGCCAGAGCUCUUCCGCCCUGGAGCCCAGCAAAGCGACGGCUGGUCUGGCCUUCCGGUCGUCUUUGAUGAGGUCUUCACCGGUCUGCACAGACUAGGCCGUCGCACCGCUGCGUCGUUCCUUGGUGUCCACCCUGACAUUACAGUCAACGCCAAGUUACUAACCGGCGGAUUAGUGCCAUUGUGCACAACCCUCGCCAGCAAGGAAAUCUUCGACGUCUUCUCCAGCCCUGAAAAGAGCGACGCCCUCCUUCACGGACACAGCUACACCGCGCACGCCGUGGGAUGCCAAGUUGCCGUGGACACGCUGCAGAGCAUGGCUACCAUGGAACGUGGGCGGUUCUGGGACGUUUACCGGAGAGAUUGGCAGCAAGCGGGCGCUGUCGAUCAGGGCCAAGACCAGUUUGUUUGGAGCCUGUGGUCGCCGGAUUUAGUCACGGAUUUGUCGCGGGUUGAUUCGGUCGAGGGGGUCUUCGCCUUGGGGACGGUGCUAAGUAUUUCCCUCCGCGAUGCGGCCGGUGGAGGAUACACCUCUACCGCGGCUAAAGGUCUCCAGCAAAAGCUUUCCGCGGCCAAUGUCCACUCUCGGGUAUUGGGCAAUGUACUAUACCUGAUGGCCAGCCUCACCACGAAACCGGCGUCUCUACGGGCACUGGAAGAUUUACUGCGGAGGAGUUUAGCGUAG